AUGAUGGGUGUCCGGGCAGAGGCGCUCCUCACUUCCCAGAUGGGGCGGAUGGGCAGAGGCGCUCCUCACUUCCCAGACGGGGAGGCCGGGCAGAGGCGCUCCUCACUUCUUCCCGGACGGGGCGACCAGGCAGAGGCGCUCCUCACUUCCCAGAUGGGGCGGCCGGGCAGAGGCGCUCCUCACUUCCCAGAUGGGGCGGCCGGGCAGAGGCGCUCCUCACUUCCCAGAUGGGGCGGCCGGGCAGAGGCGCUCCUCACUUCCCAGACGAUGGGUGGCCGGGCAGAGGCGCUCCUCACUUCCCAGACGGGGAGGCCGGGCAGAGGCGCUCCUCACUUCCCAGACGGGGAGGCCGGGCAGAGGCACUCCUCACUUCCUAGACGGGGCGGCCGGGCAGAGGCGCUCCUCACUUCUUCCCGGACGGGGCGGCCGGGCAGAGGCGCUCCUCACUUCCCAGACGGGGCGGCUGGGCAGAGGCGCUCCUCACUUCCCAGACGGGGCGGCCGGGCAGAGUGGCCGGGCAGAGGCACUCCUCACUUCCCAGACGGGGCGGCCGGGCAGAGGCGCUCCUCACUUCCCAGUUGGGGCGGCUGGGCAGAGGCGCUCCUCACUUCCCAGAUGAUGGGUGGCCGGGCAGAGGUGCUCCUCACUUCCCAGACGGGGCGGCCGGGCAGAGGGGCUCCUCACUUCCCAGACGGGGCGGCCGGGCAGAGGCGCUCCUCACUGCCCAGACGAUGGGUGGCCAGGCAGAGGGGCUCCUCUUCUCUGCAGUUUCUCUCCCUGUGGUUGAAAAUCUAA